AUGGCGCAAAUAUUUCAAGACCUCUUCUACUCGUUUGGCAAUUGCCUGAGCUGCUUCCCAGGCUCCCCAACCCUCAAAGUCAACAGUCGUAGCUUCAAGAUUCUGCAAUUACUUGGCGAGGGCGGCUUCUCCUAUGUCUACCUCGUCGAAGACACGUCCACCAAGGAGCACUUUGCCCUUAAAAAGAUUCGCUGCCCGUUCGGCGCCGAGUCCGUCCAGCAGGCCAUGCGCGAGGUCGAAGCCUAUCGCCUCUUCCGACACGUCCCCAACAUCAUCUCCUCGGCCGACCACGCCGUUGCGACCGAGCGCGGCGCCGAUGAAGCCACCAAAACCGUCUAUGUCCUAUUGCCAUACUACCGCCGCGGCAACCUCCAGGACAUGAUCAACGCCAACCUCGUCAAUCACUCCAAAUUCCCCGAGACGCACCUUAUGAAUCUAUUUCUCGGCGUCUGCAAGGCCCUGCGCGCCAUGCACGACUACCACGCGCCGCCGGCAGAGCGCAUGCAGAUGGGCAACGAGGCAGACGACCACCCAGGUCAGAGCAACAGUGGUAGAGGCGGUCGCUCAUCGACGAAACGUACGGAAGAAGACGAAGAGACGGAGCAGGAAAGACCUCUUAUGGAAUCAGAGAACCAGAUCGGGCAGGGCGGCAAGACAAAAGCAUAUGCGCAUCGCGACAUUAAACCAGGUAACAUCAUGAUAGACGACUCCGGCUCGAACCCCAUACUCAUGGACCUUGGAUCCGUCGCGGCAUCGCCUAUCCCCGUCACAUCGCAGUCGGUCGCGCUGCAAAUCCAGGAGACCGCCGCUGAGCACUCCACCAUGCCUUACCGCGCCCCGGAGCUCUUUGACGUUCAGACCGGCGCCGUCAUCGACACCAAAGUCGACAUCUGGUCACUUGGCUGCACCCUCUUCGCCUGCCUCGUUGGCAAGUCACCUUUUGAGAUGCGUUCCGACGAGACGGGCGGCACGCUGUCACUAUGCAUCAUGGGCGGCGACUGGCGCUUCCCCGACCAGUCCCCCAAUGGUGCUAAGCGCGUCAACAGUAUCCAGGUCGCCAAGGCAAAAGCAGCGGCGGGCACAGCUGGCGCUGGUGCUGAAGAGGGUGCCUCAGGAGAGCCUGCAAUUAGCGAAUCUAUCCGCGAGAUUGUCCGCGAGUGCCUCAAGGUUGAGCCUACAGAACGUCCCGAUAUCCACCAACUCAUCACUAUGGUAGAAGCUGUCAUUCAAAAUCUACCUGGGGGAAACUACGACUCAUAA